AUGUUUAAUGACGAGCAGAACCUUCACAAUUACGCUAAAAUGUCAUUGCCUGACCGUGUAGUUGAUGUUGUGGAUCCCAUACUUCGGAGAGAAGUUGAGCAAGCAAGUGCGGAUGCCUCUUGUAAGAAGAAUUACAUUGGAGCUCACAAGAUCUUGCAAUGUUUGACAACAAUAAUCAAGGUAGGACUUGCUUGUUCUGCAGAACUCCCGAAAGAGAGGAUGGACAUUAGCACUGUUGUGGCUGAAUUGCAAGGGAUUAGGGACAUUCUCCUCGGAACAAGAAGGCAUGGAAUUGGACAGCAUGAGAUCAUGAUCCCCUUACCAGAAGGUGUGUGA